GGGCCUUAUAAGCCCACUAGAAUAAGUUGGGUUCAAUUUUUUUUUGUCGUAUCGCACGCAGUUCGUUCCUUUUCACAGCUUUUUCGAGAGGAGAGGAUCGCCAUCGCCGUCGCCGUCGCCGUUCGCCUAAUCCUUCUCGAUCUUUUCCUCCUAUCAGGUUGUUCAAACUCAUUAAAAUGGGCGAUUACACAAUUCAGAUAAGUUCAAGGCUGAUCAAUCAGUUAGCUGAAGGCGACAAUCAACCAAAGAGGAAGGCGAAGAAAACCAAACCCAAAGUGUCACCUCAGAGCAAGGCAGACCAAGCGAAAACACACCACCAUGCAGAGAAACCAAAGCCAAUGGCAGAACCACCGACGCAGUCACCACCAUUCUUCUUCCCAGUACCGCAACAAGCAGCAGCAAACACGGAGCUGGAAUCGAUAAAGUCCGUUUUGAAAGAGGGUGAGAAGGUUCUUGAGAAAGUGGAGAGACAAGAAAGGAGCAUUGUUCAUGAAGUGGCCGAGAGAGCCAAUGAUCUGAGGGAGAAAGAGUUUAAGAUCCCGGAACCGAAACCAAUGCCUUGCUCUUCGGAUCACGAAGCAUGGAAGAAAUGCUACGAGGAGAAUGUUGGCAACCCUUUGAAAUGUAGCGGUCUGGUUAUGAGAUUCCAGGAUUGCGCGCGCCUGUUCAGACAGCAAGUGAGUUCUAAGCAAACGUAGAGACAACAAAGAUUCGAAAAAACAUGAGAUAAGAAGAGAAUGAGAUGAAUGUUCAGAAGAAUUGAACUUGUUUCCUUUUUUAUCACUCGAAUCACAAAAAAAUGAAGAACAAAUAAGCAGAAUCUGUGAUUAUAUUCAUGAGAUCUAAUCUGUAAAAUUGAAUUCUUUA